UGUCAUAAGAGUAUAUUUUGUGUUCGUUGCUGUGUUAAUUUGUAAUUAUUAGUUAUUUUAAACUUUGAUUAUUACUACUAUAUUAAUAUUUUUAUUUUUAUUAGCACAGAAACAAAUUGCUAUGACGUUUCUAUGAUUUUUAGUUUAUAUUUUAUCUGACCUCACAUAAAAUUAUUCUCUCAAAAUGACAAAUGUAGAUUUCAUUGCGACAUUCCAAAAGUUAACUGUGAAUCCAUUAGACUAUCUGGAUGUGCAAUCCAAUGUUGCCGAAGAGACGACCAAUUUGUUGAAACAAUUAUAUGAUACUACUAAGAGUAUCGAAACAAUAAUUGACAAUGCCAAUGAUGACGCUCUGCCUGAGCUAAUAGUCAAAGAUUUUGACGAAGAACAAAUAUGGCAAGAACUGGAACUACAAAACUCGGCACGAUUAAAACUAUUAGCAAAUACUAUUCAGGGAUUCACAAAAAAUGAUUUAAUUUACCUUGAUGAGUCUAAUAGUACACAAACAAAAAAAAAUCUAAAAGUGACAAAGUUAAUUAAUGAUAAAACUAAAAUAAACAACUCUGAAGAUUUGGAGAAUGAUGAUGAUGAAGACAAUGAAGAGGAUGAAGAUGAUGAAGAUGAUGAAGAUGAUGAAGAUGAUGAUAUAAAUAGUGAAGAUGAAGAUGAAGAUAAUAUUUCUGACAUAGAAGAAGCAGAACCUUCAACUAAUAAAAAAAUAUUUAAAAAGUCAGUAGUCGACGAUGAUUUUUUCAAAUUGUCAGAAAUGGAAAACUUUUUAUUAUCAGAGGAAAAAUUAGAAACUACCAAAGAUAAAUCAAAACCUCUAGAAGACGAUGUUGACUUGUUUCAAGACCUACAAUCGGAAAAUGAAGAAGAAGAUAAUUUUGGUCCUAUGUAUCAAGAAUUUUUUGAGAAACAGACAAAUAUAACUAGGAAAACAACCAAAUCGAAAAAAAGUGUAAGAUUUGAAAUGGAUGAGGAAAAAAGUGAAGAUAAUGAAGAAGACACAAAUGAACUUAAUGAAAACAAUAACGAACAUUUGUCAACACUAGAAAUGAGAUCAGAACGAAUUAAUAAACGUAUUGCAAAAUUAGAAGAAGAAGCUAUAUCUGAUAAUAAACCUUGGGCUUUGAAGGGUGAAGUUGCAGCUAAAGACCGUCCUCAAAAUUCUUUAUUAGAAGAGGCUGUUGAAUUUGAUGUCUGUACUCGUCCAGCACCAAUUAUUACUGAAGAAACAACAGUAAAAUUGGAAGAUAUCAUUCUACAAAGAAUAAAGGACAAAGCAUGGGAUGAUGUAGAGCGAAAAAUAAAACAAACAAAUACACCUCAUCAAUUUAAAAAACAAUCGAUUUUAAACCAAGAAAAGAGCAAAGAAAGCUUAUCCCAAAUUUACGAAAAAGAAUUUAUUAAACAAAGAGAAGCAGCCGAUCCAGAAAAUAAAAAUAAACCUGAAGAAGAACCAAAAGAGCAUAAAGAAAUUGAUUUAUUAAUUAAAGAAUUAUUUAGAAAAUUAGACGCCCUUACCAACUAUCAUUAUACUCCUAAACAGGCAAUUCCUGAUUUAAAAAUUGUCAAUAAUUUACCAGCUAUAUCAAUGGAAGAAGUAGCUCCAGUUGCCACAACUGAUGCAUCAUUAUUAGCACCAGAAGAAAUACAAAGAAAGUUCAAAGCACCAGUUCUUGGCAAAGAGGAACGUACUAGUACAGAUAAAAAACGUGAACGUCGAAAGAAAAAACAUUUACAGCACAAGAAGCGGAUUACAAAAGAAUCUAAUCUCAAGGAAAUGGAAAAAAACGGGUUUAAACCUAAGCAUAACAAAGAUAGUGCUCAAAUAGAACUGAAACGAUUAACCAGUAGUGGACAUCAAAUUAAAGAAUUAAAAUCUGUGGAUGACAAAAGUAUGAAAUCAUCUAAAGAUUUCUUUUCCAGACUUCAGGAUCAGGCGAGAAAUGAAAUUGAUGGAAAGAAAAGAAUUAUGAAGCAAAGUAAUAAAAAUAAUACUAAAAAAUUUAAAAAAUAAACACUUAAUUUUUUUGUAAUAUUUUAAUAUCAUAU